GCCCCCGGGUAACGUUGGUUCAAUGCAGAUGACACGACUCAAGCGGGUGUAUAAAUCUAGGCCAGUCUUCACGUGAUUCGUAUGGCCUAACCGCAGGGACUGUACGUAUGAUAUAGCUUCAAGGUCCGAGCUACAGCGUCAGCUGGUUGAUUGACCUUUGUGACGCGUGACUGGCAGACAACAGUGUCGGAGCUAACCCGGCAAUCCUGGUGGACCUAAAGCUGCCUUGGAGACAGUGUGAUCACAGGUUAUACAGGUCAGUAAGAUGUCCGCUGGCAAAGACUGUUCAGUGAUUCCCGUCGUGGUCGGUGUCGACGUGGGUGGAACCAACACCGAUGCAGUUGUUCUCACCAAAGGCAAGAUAAAAUCCACAGUGAUUGCCGCAGUGAAGGAGCUGACGUCAGCGGAUGUCACUACCGGUGUCCGAACUGCCAUUCAUGCCGUUCUCCAACAGGCCACAGACAAUGGACAUAGGGUAGCUGUGGUGCAGGUCAACAUUGGAACCACGCACUUCGUAAAUGCUGUUGUACAGGGUAGAGGACUUGCACGGGUCUCUGUGAUACGUCUUUGUGGAACUGCGUCACACGAUCUGCCACCUUUCAGCGAUUUUCCCUUGGAUCUCAAAGAAACCAUAUAUGGCAGCGUUCACCUUGUUGAUGGUGGGUACAGGUUUGAUGGCAGGGAAAUUGACCCUGUUGAUGAGAAACAAAUAACUGAUACCCUUUGUCAAAUAAAGGAAAAGAAGAUAAGAAACAUUGUUGUGUCAGGAAUAUUCUCUCCUGUCAAAACCGACCAAGAAGAUGCUGUUUUACAGUUAAUCGCAAGCAAGUAUCCUGAAGCAACAGUUACACUGUCGCACAUGAUUGGACAUUUUGGAUUACUGGAAAGAGAGAAUGCUGCAAUACUAAACGAAUGUCUGAAACCACUUUGCAAGAAAACAGUUGAAGGUUUUCAAACUGCACUAUCAAGUGUUGGUCUGUCCUGUCCAAUGUAUUUCACACAGAACGAUGGCACCAUCAUCAGCUCUGAUGAAGCUGUGUUGUAUCCAGUGUACACCUUUGCAUCAGGACCCACAAACAGCAUGCGAGGGGCAGCUUUCUUAUCGGAUGUCAAGGAUGCCAUCGUUCUUGAUAUUGGCGGCACAACCACAGAUGUAGGCGUUCUGAAGAACAAGUUUCCAAGAGAAGCUUCCACCCAAGUAAAGAUUGGAGGGAUCAGGACAAACUUUCGAAUGCCAGAUGUUCUCAGUUUUGGCCUUGGUGGUGGGUCCUAUGUCACAGAAAACACAGACGCCUCAGUUACUAUUGGACCGCUCAGCGCAGGGUUCAACCUAAAGAAUGAAGCUUUCAUAUUUAGUAACGGCGACACCGAUUCUGGACGAAGCUUAACUACGUCUGAUGUUGCUGUUGCAGCUGGAUUGAUGAAACUUGGAGAUGCAAAAUAUGUUCAACAUUUAUCAAAGGAAUUGGUUGAGAAAGUGCUUGCAAAGAUAGUUAUCAUGAUUGAAGAUGCAAUCGAUGUGGUCAAGCUGAGUGCGGAAACACUACCCGUCCUUCUUGUUGGUGGUGGAAGUGUUCUGGUUGACAGGAAUCAGGAAAUUAAAGGUGCCUCAGAAGUCAUUAUCCCUGAGUAUUCAGGAGUUGCCAAUGCCAUUGGUGCUGCACUGAGUCAGGUGUCUGGCAGUUCUGAUAGUAUUGUAUGUCUUCAGGAUAUGGUGGAUCAAGAACGGAUGGAUCAAGCUGUUGGAGCCGCUGUGGCAGCAGUGGAUGAUAAAGAUGAAAAGAAAGUCGAGCUCGCUGCAGAACAAGCUCGAAAGCCAUUUUUUGUCAAUGCCAGAGACACAGCUUUAGAAAGUGCAGAACGUAAAGCUAAGCAAAUAGCAGUAGAUUGUGGUGCUGACCCAACAUCUGUUGAAAUUACACAGAAGGAGGACAUGACUCUGUCCUAUAUCCCAGGUCAAGCAGUGAGAAUAAAGAUAAAGGCUGUUGGCAAUUUGGAAAAUUUACAAUCAGCAAAUGCAAAAGAGUGGAUCCCAAGCCCUUUGAAAAAAGAUGAAUCAAUGUCUGGUGGCAAACUUGAAAAACAAACAGGGACCUCAACUGGGAAAACACUUGCAGUUGGCAAUGAGGCAGGAGAUGCAACAAAACACCCAGUGGAUCCUCAGAUCGACCCUCAUACUGGAGAGUGGAUUCUCUCGGAAUGGGAUUUAGAGGCAAUUGUGAUUGGUGCAGGCAUAUUUGGGUGUGGCGGUGGUGGAAAUCCUCAUAUUGGCAGACUCAGGGCUCUUGCGGAUAUACGAAAAGGCAAGAAAAUACGUAUAAUUUCCCCAGAGAAACUGUAUGAAAAGGCAGAUCCAGACAAUGAUCUCGUGGCUAUAGUAGCAUUCAUGGGGGCCCCAUUGAUUAUGUAUGAGCAGUUGGUGUCCUCAAAAGAAACAACUGGAGCGUUGAGAUGUUUGGAUGAUCUGUACACCAUUGGUGGCUACAAGGAUGGCAUGUUGCAGAACACAGAGGGAGUUGAAAUCAAGACGAAAGAUGGGAUGGUAUAUAUAGAGAAUUACCAGACCAGGGUAUCAAUGGAUAAACCUAAACGGAUAAUUGCUUUGAUGUCUGGUGAGAUCGGAGGAAUGAAUGCGAUUGAACCUCUUCUUGUGUCAGCUGACCUGGGCCUGCCUGUUGUUGAUUCUGAUGGAAUGGGACGGGCAUUUCCUGAGUUGCAGAUGUUUUGUCCAUAUAUGUAUGGAGUGUCUGCUCAUCCUGCAGCUUUAGUAGACGACAGAGGCACACGAGCUGUAAUGCUGCAAACACCUUCACCAAAACAUCUUGAAAAUCACUUCAGAGAUACAGUUAUUGGGAUGGGAUGUUCUGCUGGACUCUCAUUCAAUCCUCUCACCAAACCUGUGUUAAUGGAUAAGACAGUUCUAUAUUCCGUCAGCCACGUGUGGAAGGUCGGAGAUGCUGUUCUAAAGGCCAGAAUAGAAAAGACGUCCCCCAUUGAGGCCAUUUUGAAAACAGAAAAAUCUGUCCACAUCAUCACUGGCAAAAUCAGGGACGUGCAGAGGGAAACAAGUGGAGGAUUCAACAGAGGGAAGGUUAUCAUUGAAGGUCUUGACAGUUUUUCUGGACAAACCAUACUGGUUGAAUUUCAGAAUGAAAACUUGAUUAUUUUCCCCUUGGAUGCCGAGAAGAAAGCUGGGAAGCCAGUUGCAUGUGUCCCAGAUCUCAUCACCAUCAUUGAUGCAGACACAGCUGAGCCUAUUCCGACAGAAGAGGUGAAAUAUGGAAUUCGAGUCGCUGUCCUUGUACUGGCCUCUCCAGAUAUACUGCGAACCGAUCAGGCUUUGCGAUUUGUUGGCCCUAAAGCUUUCCAUUAUGACAACGUUGAGUUCAGACCAAUCGGAGACGCGUAUCCUGUUCAACCAAUACCACCAAGGGACUCUCUUUAACGCAGACGCUCUAUAACUGGGAUGCUCUCUCACUUGGACUCUCUACUGCGGACAUUCAGAUGCUCUCUAACGCAGAUGCUCUAUUACUGGGAUGCUCUCUCACUUGGACUCUCUACUGCGGACAUUCAGACGCUCUCUAACGCAGACGCUCUAUAACUGGGAUGCUCUCUCACUUGGACUCUCUACUGCGGACAUUCAGACGCUCUCUAUAGCAGAUGCUCUAUGACUGGGAUGCUCUCUCACUUGGACUCUCUACUGCGGGCAUUCAGACGCUCUCUAACGCAAAUGCUCUAUUACUGGGAUGCUCUCUCACUUGGACUCUCUACUGCGGACAUUCAGACGCUCUCUAACGCAGACGCUCUAUAACUGGGAUGCUCUCUCACUUGGACUCUCUACUGCGGGCAUUCAGACGCUAUCUAUAGCCGAUGCUCUAUUACUGGGAUGCUCUCUCAUUUGGACUCUCUACCGCGGACAUUCAGACGCUCUCUAACGCAGAUGCUCUAUUACUGGGAUGCUCUCUCACUUGGACUCUCUACCGCGGACAUUCAGACUCUCUCUAACGCAGACGCUCUAUUACUGGGAUGCUCUCUCACUUGGACUCUCUACUGCGGACAUUCAGACACUCUCUAACGCAGACGCUCUAUAACUGGGAUGCUCUCUCACUUGGACUCUCUACCGCGGACAUUCAGACGCUCUCUAACACAGACGCUCUAUAACUGGGAUGCUCUCUCACUUGGACUCUCUACCGCGGACAUUCAGACUCUCUCUAACGCAGAUGCUCUAUUACUGGGAUGCUCUCUCACUUGGACUCUCUACCGCGGACAUUCAGACUCUCUCUAACGCAGACGCUCUAUUACUGGGAUGCUCUCUCACUUGGACUCUCUACUGCGGACAUUCAGACACUCUCUAACGCAGACGCUCUAUAACUGGGAUGCUCUCUCACUUGGACUCUCUACCGCGGACAUUCAGACGCUCUCUAACACAGACGCUCUAUAACUGGGAUGCUCUCUCACUUGGACUCUCUACCGCGGACAUUCAGACGCUCUCUAACGCAGACGGUCUAUUACUGGGAUGCUCUGUCACUUGGAGUCUCUACCGCGGACAUUCAGACGCUCUCUAACGCAGACGCUCUAUAACUGGGAUGCUCUCUCACUUGGACUCUCUACUGCGGACAUUCAGACGCUCUCUAUCGCAGACGCUCUAUUACUGGGAUGCUCUCUCACUUGGACUCUCUACUGCGGACAUUCAGACACUCUCUAUAGCAGACGCUCUAUUACUGGGAUGCUCUCUCACUUGGUCUCUCUACUGCGGGCAUUCAGACGCUCCUUAAACAGCUCCGACACAGGAUGACACAGGGCGACAUGCAGAUUGUGAGGAUGUAGGUCACUGACAUUGUAUGUAAAUGGUACAGAAAAACAUAGUGACUGUAGCAAUACAUUUGUACAUAAGACUUUAUAAAACUCAAUUUAAAUGGUUUUCCAAAGGUUUUGAAGAAAAAUACAUGGACACAUUUAACUUUGGUGCUUCUCUAUCUGUGAAGUAUGACAUCCUAAAUAUUCCUUCAGCAGGAGACGCCAUCAUUGUGAUUUGACGAGGAACUAAACCUUGUGUGGUUUACUUUAUUCUAAUUGUGGUUCCACUCAAUAAUCUAUGCUUCAUAUGUUACCCAAAGAUUAGUGUUAAUUUGACCAUGGUAGAAUUAAGAGAUACACCUACUGUAUUUUCAAUGCAGAGCUAUGCUGCCUGUUGAUUGACGGUACUUCAUUUCACAUUUUAAACCUCACGUUGCACACUUCGUCACAAAUUCAAUUUUUUUAUAGUCGAACCUACAGGUAACAUAUAUGAAGCUUAGUAAGUUUAUAUCCAAAUUAGACCACUGUGAAAUUCAACUGACUGUAACUGAAGAAAUAUGUUUGGAACACAAAUAUAGAAUAUUGCUAAAAGCGGCGUAAAACCAUAUUCACUCCCUCACUAAUGACCUGGUACUUCGAUCUGAAUCGCCCAAUAACUUACAGGAAUUUCAUGGGUACAUAUUGAAGUGGUCAACAUGCAUUAACCAAGUCAGCGAGUCUGACCACCCGAUCCCGUUAGUCGACCCUUACGACAAGCACAGUCGCCUUUUACGGCAAGUAUGGGUUGCUGAAGACCUAUAUAUUCUACCCCGGAUCUUCAUGGGUCACUCAGAGGCCGAGAUAUCUUAGAAACCCUAAAGGAGCACUUACAAGUAACCAUGGCUCCUGUGUAAUUAGAAUCUGGAG